CUCCAUAUAUUACUAUCUUCUCUUAUUUUGGUCUUAAUACCCAUUUUAACCUGUAUGUUGGCUGUGCAUCUGGUGUUAAUACAUUGUAUUAAUUGAUUUUUCUUGUUGUAUGCUUGAAUGGUGUUGAAACAAGGUCGUGUACUUCAAUUGAAGUUUUAUUGUUUUCUUAUAUCUUUGGAAUCGAUUAUUUUGGUUUUAUGUUUUACCUUAUUAAAAUUUAAAGUCGGUAACUUUUAUAGGGAACCUAUAUUUUACCCGUUUCCCCCGGAGUCUGUGAAGACCGGGCACCCUCAGCUUCACUAUGAGUCAGAGUCAAAAUUAGACAUGCUUCGGCAAGGAGGAAGUAAGUUUUCCUAUGUAGUCCUCUUUUUUAUAGUGAGUUUGACAUGGAAAGUCGCAUUUAUUAUGUGUUUAUUAGUUGUUAGUCCCCUUUUCGUCUUGUUUAUAAUGAGUUCAAAUCAACGUACGUAGCUAUUAUCUUUUCUCUGUAUGGAGCGGGUAUUCUCCACCUGUUGACCAAAACCCAUUUCCAAGACUCUUAUCAAUGUCUUCCCCCAAAACCCUGUUCAGAACCCUCCUCAGAAAUCCCACAACAAUCAAAACCAAGUCGCAGGCCAAACAGCUUCACGCCCAUAUCCUCACAACCAAAGGCGCAUGUUCCACUCACUUGUCUGUCCUCUUAUCGGUAUACUCAAACCUUAACCUCUUGCAUGAGUUACUGCUGGUCUUCAACACCAUUCACUCCCCUCCCGCUCUUGCUUGGAAAUCACUCAUCAAAUGUUAUACUUUCCAUGGCUGUUUUCACAAAUCCUUGGCUUCUUUCAUGGAAAUGAGGGCUGCCGGUAAGCACCCGGACUGCCAUGUGUUCCCUUCUGUGCUGAAAUCUUGCACAUUGCUGAUGGACUUGAAGUUAGGCGAGUCGCUACACGCCUGCAUUAUAAGGCUCGGUAUGGAUUUCGAUUUGUAUACGGGCAAUGCGCUUAUGAAUAUGUACUCAAAAUUUCAGAGCUUGGGUGAGAGUGGGACGCUGUCUGGUGCGCCCAAAGUGCUUGAUGGAAUGCCCGAGGAAUGGGGAAAAGGCGAAGGUGAAAAUGUUGUGGCUACUGUUAGGGAAUUGAGUGGAAGAAUUGUGACUGCGGAGUUGGUAGACCAAGGACGGAGGCUAUACUUUGAUGAGAAAUCAAAGAGACAGAUGGGUGGUGGUGAGGGUUUGAAUGAUUAUAAGAAUAAUAGUAACUCGAAUCAAAGCAGUGUGAGAAAGAUAUUUGAUAUGAUGCCAAAAAAGGAUCUUGUUUCUUGGAAUACAGUGAUUUCAGGAAAUGCACAAAAUGGAAUGUAUGAAGAUGCUUUAACAAUAGUCAGGGAGAUGGGGAAUGACAACAUAAAGCCAGAUUCCUUCACUUUGUCGAGUGUCCUUCCUAUCUUUGCAGAAUAUGUGGAUGUUAUUAAGGGAAAGGAAAUACAUGGGUAUGCCAUCAGACAUGGGUUGGAUGCGGAUUUGUUCGUUGGAAGUAGCUUAAUUGACAUGUAUGCAAAGUGUACUUGCAUGGAAGAUUCAUGUCGGCUCUUCAAUCUCUUACCUUGGCGUGAUGGCAUCUCAUGGAACUCUAUAAUUGCAGGGUGUGUGCAAAAUGGUCUGUUUGAUGAAGGCCUGAGAUUCUUUCGACAGAUGUUGGAGGCUAAAAUCAAGCCGAUGCAUGUUUCCUUUUCAAGUAUCAUGCCGGCUUGUGCUCACUUGACGACCCUACAUUUGGGGAAGCAGUUACAUGGAUAUAUAAUUAGGUGUGGAUUCGAUGAUAACGUGUUUAUAGCUAGCUCCCUUGUUGACAUGUAUGCCAAAUGUGGGAACAUUAGGAUAGCUAGAUGGAUUUUUGAUAAGAUGGAGCUACAUGACAUGGUGUCAUGGACAGCCAUGAUCAUGGGAUAUGCUUUGCACGGGCAUGCCCAUGAUGCCAUUUCCUUAUUUGAGCAGAUGGAAAUGGAGGGAGUAAAACCAAAUGAUGUGGCUUUUGUGGCUGUGUUGACUGCCUGCAGCCAUGCUGGAUUGGUAGAUGAAGCUUGGAAAUAUUUCAAUAGUAUGACACAGGAUUUUGGAAUUGCUCCUGGCUUGGAGCACUACGCUGCUGUUGCAGACCUUCUGAGUCGGGCAGGAAGGCUGGAUGAAGCUUACAAUUUUAUAUCUGACAUGCAUAUAGGACCAACAGGAAGUGUAUGGUCAACACUUUUGUCAGCUUGUAGAGUUCAGAAGAAUGUUGAAUUGGCAGAAAAGGUGGCUGAGAAAAUAUUCAGGGUUGAUCCGGAGAAUAUGGGAGCUUACAUUCUGUUGUCAAACAUAUAUUCCGCUGCCAGGAGAUGGAAAGAUGUAGAGAAGUUGAGAAUCUUCAUUAGAAAUAAGGGCAUGAAAAAGAAACCAGCUUGCAGCUGGAUCGAAGUUAAGAACAAGGUGCAUGCUUUUGUGUCCGGAGAUCAAUCCCAUCCAUAUUAUGACAGAAUAAAUGAGGCCCUGGAAGUUUUACUAGAGCAGAUGGAGCGAGAAGGGUAUGUUCCCGACACAAAGGAGGUGCUCCAUGAUGUUGAAGAGGCACAGAAGAAAAACAUACUUUGUAGACACAGUGAAAGGCUCGCUAUAGCAUUCGGCAUCAUUAACACUCCUGUGGGAACAACAAUUCGAGUAACAAAGAACAUUCGUGUCUGCGUGGACUGCCACACAGCAACCAAGUUUAUAUCAAAGAUUGUGGGGAGAGAGAUCAUUGUGAGGGAUAAUAGCCGAUUUCACCAUUUCAAGGAUGGAAAGUGCUCUUGUGGUGAUUAUUGGUGACUUGGCAUAAUGAAAUCGUGCCAUUUUGGUUGUCAGAACACAGUUUUGAGCAUGUCAAAGACAUUGAUUGCUACACAAGUUUUGAUUCCAUUGAUUGGUAUCUGUGAUUAGCUUUAUCAAAAACUCUUAUGAAACCUUCUUUGUCAACAGUUUAUCAUUCGAAAAGGGGUGUUUCUACCGUCUUGGAACAAAAGGCGCAGAUGAAAUAAAGGCUCAUUCAUGGUUCAAAGGCACCGAAUGGGACAGAUUGUAUCAAAUGAAAGCUGCAUUUAUUCCUGAGGUCAAUUCCUGAGGUCAAUGAUGAGUUGGAUACUCAACUUUGAGAAGUUUGAAGAGGCUGAUAAGGAAAUUCAAACUUCAUCAAAAGCAGGUCCAUGAAGAAAGGUAGUCGGAACAUUUUAUUAACCAAUGCAAAGUCUUAGCCCAAGUACCCGGGGACCGUUUUAUCCUCAGCUUGGCCAGUAUCUCAAUAUACAAUGAUGAGUCAGCCAAGGCUGCCAGUCAGCCUGUUCAAGGGAGGUUUCUGAACCUCUUGCCUCCCAACUAGAAGUCCCGGAGAAACAGAGUCAAUUCUAUUGAGCUACACUAAUAUUUCUAAUAACAUCAGAUGGCCACAAAAGAGUGCUCUGUUCCAUGUUGAAUGGCUUUUGUUUUAUUGCUUCCUGGAUUUGGUUGUUUUUGGGGGCAAAGGCCCCAAAAGAGCUGUUUGGUCUCUACCAAAUAUUUUCUGGAAAUAUAUAUUCUUUGAUACUGUUGAUGAUAGUUCCCAAAAGAGCUGUUUGGUCUCUACCAAAUAUUUUCUGGAAAUAUAUAUUCUUUGAUACUGUUGAUGAUAGUUGUACUACUAUGUGAAAGAGUAAAUUAAUCAAUUUCUUUGAAAUUA